AUGAAGGACAUACAUGGGAACAGUGCGGUUGAUUUGGAGGACUUGGUCGACUUUGAGUAGAUUUGAGGUAGGUUCAACCUGUUGGAGGUGUCGUGCGUCGCAUGUCCGCCCCACAUAUGGACUGGACUUGAGGAGUGCCGAGUAACCCGAAGUUUGGGCUAGCUUUGAGGGAUCCGUUUGGAUGCCUUUUGACCGGGUUAUCCGGCCGAGAGCGGGGUUCCGGUUGUACAUGUUCUACAGGCUCAUUUGCUUUGAGUGGCCAGUAGAAUACAGAGACAACAGGAGUAGAAAAUCAUUGGAAGCCCUUCAAGUGGCGAGUAGAAUACUGAGACAACUGGAGUAGCAAAUCAUUGGAAGCCCAUCAAGAACCUUUUCAAUAUGAACAGGCGGAGGCAAACACAGGAAACACGUGGAAGGUGGACUACACAUGAUUCCAUGAAUUCGACCACGACCUUGCCACGACCAUCGUUGGACCCUUGAACAGAGAACGGCACCGUCGCCAUCGACGCACGCAUGGCACAAAGCGAUGGAUAUGCUAAUCAAACGAGAGAUCCCAAUAGUGCUACCACAACAUGGACUAAAAUAACACGUUGCUAUAUUCAACACACCUGCUGACACUGGCACCAGCAGCUCGCCGAGCAACCGAAACUUCAGCGAAAGCGUGUCCAAGUGUCGCUAGAAGACUACGGUCUCCAGGCCAGGUCCGUACUCGUUUGCCUGAAAAGAAGUCUCUACUCGUCGUUUGCCGUUCAAGCGUUUUACCGUGGACAGCAUGCUUCCCGGUCGUUGGCUACGUGGCUCUGCUUCUGGUUCACACUGGCAACGCUUCUCCUGUUCAACUCAAUCUACUCGCCAUUGAAAUUUUCCUCUCUUUGGUUUCCCAUCUGGGAGAAAUCUUUAAUUCUAGAUGCCUUUGGCCUGGGUAUAUAUAGGAUAUAAUAUUAAUAUGUCAGAUGACUAGUUGUCAUAUGAGAAUAAUAUUGUUUUCGGCACAUUUCCUUUCUAGCAUAUGUUUUGUAUUUAUCAUAAAUAAACUGUCCUCAAGGAUGCUUAACCAUUGCAUACAACAUAAUAGCUGCUUUUAACUUGGAAUUGCUAAAAUCGUUUCCAGAAUGAACUAAAAUAUACAUUGAAUUAUAAGUAUCUGAAUCAAUCCAAUCUAGGCUUGUGCAUUCUUCCAAUCUGAAUCAAUCCAAUCCAUUGAAUUAUAAGUAUCCGCCUGAGCCUAGCCUGGCCAAAAACAGAAAACAAAUAGUAGCAUUCUUUCCAUUUAGAAAUAUCAUUUAAUCAUAUUUUUUUGGAUAUAUGAAUAUAUUAUUACGCUUAUACAUCUAUUAAGUCCUAGGUUGUGUGUCCACUAGCAUUUUACUCAAAGUUAAGGCCACAUAGAUGGUACACCACUCCGAGUGUGGGGCUACAGGCAACUCCAAUGUGGAUCAUGAAAUCGAUCGCAAAUGUCCUAUAAUCGAAAGGUUCAGACACUUUUGAUCCUCCAACUGUGGUCACCAAAUUUGUCUAGACCGGUCCGGACAUUUGAAAUCUCACGAAUUGGGGGUGGUUUGGGAAGUUUGAAUGUCUACCACAUUGGAAUCCUUAGCCCUGGGCCCACCCAUAAUCUUCUCCUGCCACGUCCGCUUCGGCUUGACUGCAUUCACUCCGGCGGACCAGCCUCUUGCCUAAUCGCAUUCAUGGUGGCAUGAUGACCGAGAAGCCUACUCCCGCUUUACAGCCAGACGGGCUCCUCCUCCGCAAACCCUAUCCGCACAAUCCUCAUCCCCUGGCCGCUGCACAACACCACACCUCCAGCCACCACGACGGCCAAGAAGUCUGGCGCCGAGAAGUGGUCGCCGGCGUGCACUCUGGAUCCGGGUGCCACUGUCGAGGGAGAAGGUACCGACAUUUGAUGAGGAGCAAGCGAAGGAGGAUCGUCGUAAUGCGCUAGAGGCCGCACAUGCAGAUCCUACCCGCGAUGAGUAUCCGGAUUGGAAUCCCAAAACACACUCCAUUAUGUGGGAUAUCCAACAUGACUAUGUGUUGAUCCCGUAUGAGAAGGAGGAGUAACCUCGCUCAUACAGCUCAAAUCGGGGACCACAUGCUUCAUUUCAGACGACAACGACGACGGCUCGAACAAAGUUGCAGAUGGUGACAAAGGUAUCGGCGACCUCACCGGAUGGAUCCUCACCUAGUUUUAGCUGGAAUUAAUUUAAAUUUAGGUUGAAUUUGUUUAAAUUUCGCCCGUUUGGUUGCAAUAUACCGAACUUUGUUUAAAUUCCAUCGUUUUGCUUUUACUUCCAUCUGUGUUUGUGCGCGGUCUGUUUUAAAUGGUUGAGCCGCGUUGGAUGACUUCAGUAGCUCGGUUGGAUGUCCGACGUCCCGGCUGCUGUCCGCGGACACGACAUUUGGUGAUCCGCGUUGAAAUUGCACUAAGAAAGAAGUUGAGGCGAACGCUCGCUGUAAAAAAGAAGUUUGGAUAAAUCGGCAUGCCAAGGAAUGAAGUGGACGUCCCGGCGGUUGCCAACCGCGAGUGAAGAAGUGCUACUUGUCAGUCGGGCUCCCGCGUGGAACCUUCUCCCCCCGGCUGCCCCCACUCUGCCUACGUGUGCGACGCCAUCGCCCCGAUCGCGUACCGCGUUGCCGCGAGUAGGCCCAUCACUACCUCGUGCUCAUUCCGGGCCGGGCUCGCAAUAAAUGGAAAAAAUAUAUUCGCCCCGGCUUUGACCGUCUCGCCCCUUUUAGCUCCCCUCGCCUAUCAGACCGUACGGGUCCAUUUGACCACGUGACCCAAAUCCGCCACUUGGGCCCCAUCCCCCUCCCGCCGCGGCUAUAUAACCGCGUCCGGACAUUUUCCCGACAAACACUUCACCUUCACCAAGCACGCACACAGCGCCCAGCAGCAGCAACUCAUCGACGCAGAGCAGAGCAGCGAAGGGGGCCGGCGAGAUCGACGCAAAUGCAGAUGGACUCCUACUACUUCCACGACGACGCCCACUUCUUCGCCGGCUGCGGCGUCCCCGGCUCGCCGGACCUGCCCUUCGCCGACCUCAUUGCGUCGCUCUCGGAGCCGCUGCCUGAGGUGGCCAGACAGAGCGCGUUCCGGGAGUACCGCGGCGUCGGGCUGGAGCUUCCGGGCACGGCGCGGGGCGGGACGGGGAACGGGAUCAACAUCCACCGGAGGAUGAUGGACGUGCUGGGCAGGAUGGGGCCGGCCACCGAGGAGGAGCAGCGGCCGCAGCACCAACAGCAGCAGGCGGCCGGCGCUGUCGAGAGCAGCCGCGGGUUCCGGCACAUGAUGCGCGAGCGCCAGCGCCGCGAGAAGCUCAGCCAGAGCUACGCCGACCUCCACGCCAUGGUCUCCUCCCGUUCCAAGGUACUUCGACCGUCCGCGCCCGCUGUCCUCCCACAUUCCAUUUCACUGGUGCUCGAAUGCCAUGUGCUGAAUGAACGAGUGAUGCCAUUGCAGCAGGACAAGAACUCGAUCGUGCAGUCCGCGGCCGUCUACAUCCACGAGCUCAAGGUCGCCAAGGAGCAGCUCCAGAGGAGGAACGACGAGCUCAAGGCCAAGAUCCUGGGGCACGACGCGCAGCAGCAGUGCGUCAAGGUCCAGUUCGAGGUGGACGAGCCCUCGUCCUCCAUCGACUCCAUGAUCGGGGCCCUCACGCGCCUCAAGAGCAUGAACGUCAAGACCAGGGGGAUCCACUCCAUCUUGUCCGGCCAGCGGUUGACGACGGAGAUGAAUGUCGAAACCACGAUUGCGGCUUGCGAGGUAGAAAAGGCAGUGGAGGAGGCUCUCCAGGAAGUAGAGAGGAAUCAGCUGCCUGACAGCGAGGCCCCGUUUCCCGGAAGCAGGAGCGCCUGGCCUCAAACAUCACACGUGCAAAAUGUGUUCUGAUCGGUUUCUGACCACAAGGGUCAUGAGACCCAUCUGUUCAUUGUUUUUUCUCCUCUUUUUUUCUCUCCUUUUUUUCUGAUGAUGGAGCAAGUGAAGAUCUUCACAUGCCCUUGCCUGCGUACUGGUGGUUGUACUCUCGAUCGACCCUCGUGUUUAGUCCUAGUGGGAUUUUUUAGGGGCUGUGAAGGUGUAAGUAGCUCUUCAGAUGUGUAGGUGGUGAGGUCAACUUGGAAUCAAAUGGGUUGGAAAAAAAUUGAAGAGGAUCUACUCGCACGGUUUGGCCUGGCGCUUACGUUUGGCCCUAGCAAGGAAGAGAAAAGGAUAUGACAACUUGACAAGGAUUACCAAACGUUUGGAAGAAGACGGGCCAGCAAGCCUUGGUUGCUGAGACUGUAAAUUUGCAUCCACCCAAUGUUCGAAAUCGAGUAUAUAUUUUUCUCCAAACAGGAUCGUUGUGUUUCGAGCAACCUUUUCACUAAAAUCUCACUGAAAUUUGUUA